UUUCUGCAACAUGUUUAUAGUCUAAUAUUUCAGUUGUUUCCCUUAUGAAAUUUUUACACAACUAAAUGUGCAAUGACUGACAACUCCAGUUCAUUCAACUUUUAACAGAUUUAUAAUGGAAUUAAUGAGGUAGCCUUUAAAUUAAAGAGUACUUUCUGGAUCUUUGGGGCGACGGCUUAAUACAUAUUUCUCGUAGGCGCCCCAACUAAUUGUCAACGCCUCCACUGCCUUAUCAGUAGGCAAAAUAAAAACAUUGCUGUGAAUAAAUUACCAUUAAGACUAUCUAUAGAACGAAGUAAAGCAAGAAAGCUUGUACAAAUAACAAUCACUGCCCAUUCAUCCACCCAACCAUCGAUAGUCCAAUUGGCCCCUGACCCCUUUAUCGAAGCGAUAGAACAAAAAGAUGAACAAUGAACAAAAAUUAGAGUACAUCAAUCAACAUAUAGGCGUUUACCCUGAUUUUCCUAAAAAGGGCAUACUAUUUCGUGAUAUCUUUGGCUCACUAACGGAUCCAAAGUCUUGCCAAUACAUCAAGGAUUUGCUGCUGGAUCAUGUGCGUGAAACUAAUCCCGAUGUGGAUAUUAUCGUAGGCUUAGAAUCUCGCGGAUUCCUUUUCAACCUAAUGUUGGCCUCUGAAUUGGGUGUCGGUUGUGCUCCCAUACGCAAGAAAGGAAAACUGCCGGGCGAAUGUGUUUCUGUGGAGUACACUUUGGAAUAUGGAACGGACAUCUUUGAAAUGCAAACUAAUGCCAUUAAGCCCGGCCAAAAGGUUUUGAUUGUUGAUGACCUAUUAGCCACUGGUGGUUCCUUGGAAGCUGCUGUGAAAUUAGUGCGUAAAGCUGGAGGUGAAGUUGUUGAAUGUUUGAUUAUUAUGGAACUGGCAUUCCUAGAAGGACGUAAAAAGGUGGACACAAAUGUUCACUCUUUAUUGAAAUACUAACCACAAGAUGUACGACAUCUUUGGGAUUCUUUUGUUGACAACCUACGGCACAAUGUUGAACAAUUGAUGGUUGAAAAUUCCAAAGAACGCUCUUGUUUUGGCAGCAUUAUAUUAAGAUCAAAUUACCAUAAAGCAAUGGACGUUACCUGAGACAAUGCAUUUACAUACAUACUUGUAAUGUUGUCAUAAUUUUGUAUAAGUUUUAAAUAUGUAGCUAUAUUUUUAAAAAUAUACAAAAUUUUACAUUUUCACUAUAA